AUGACAACGCGUUCGCAACAUGUUGUGGGGAUCCACUAUGCGGUGGGACCUAAGAUUGGCGAGGGCUCUUUUGGGGUUAUCUUUGAAGGAGAAAACGUACUUAACAACGCCGCUACGCCCGUGGCUAUCAAGUUUGAGCCUCGAAGGACCGAGGCACCUCAACUGAGGGAUGAAUUUCGGGCAUACAAGAUUCUAAAUGGGAUCGAGGGUAUUCCUAGAGCGUACUACUUUGGUCAAGAAGGUAUGCACAAUGUAUUGAUCAUCGACCUGCUGGGCCCUUCAUUGGAGGAUCUGUUCGAGUGGUGCGGGCGCAGGUUUUCGGUCAAGACCACCUGUCUGGUGGCCAAGCAAAUGAUUAGACGAGUACAAGCAAUACAUGAACGAGACCUAAUAUACCGGGACAUUAAACCCGAUAACUUUCUGAUCGCAGAGUACCAGCGUGAAUUACCCAGCGGCCAGUUGGUAAAGAGCUGCGCCGCAACGUCACACGGAGACCCAAACUUGAUCUAUAUAGUUGAUUUUGGCAUGGCUAAGCAGUAUCGAGAUCCUAAAACUAAGCAGCACAUUCCUUAUAAGGAGCGGAAAUCGUUGAGUGGUACGGCGCGUUACAUGUCUAUCAACACGCAUUUUGGGCGCGAGCAAUCGCGACGCGAUGAUCUCGAGUCUUUGGGACAUGUCUUCUUCUACUUUCUCCGCGGGUCUCUGCCUUGGCAGGGACUGAAAGUCGCGAACACCAAGUUAAAGUACGAAAAGAUAGGUCUCACCAAGCAGAAGCUUCGCCCCGAGGACCUUUUGCUCGAUGGUAUUCCUCAGCAAUUCGCUGCAUACUUAGGUUACUGCCGCUCACUGAGGUUUGAGCAGGAGCCUGAUUACGACUACCUACUCUCAUUAAUGGAUAGUGCAUUGGAAGAGCUACAUCUCGAUAACGAUGAACACUAUGACUGGAUGGACCUCAACCACGGUCAGGGCUGGAAUAUUCGCAUCAACAGAAGGGCUAAUCUACAUGGCUAUGGGAACCCAACUCCACGCAAUUCUCAAGGAGCCAAACACUCCGCUCCACGCGCACAUAGAGACUCGUAUUCCAAGGCACACAGGGGAUGGUCUCAGGCCAACACCGCUGCAGCAACAAAGGACAAGCGUGCAGCUGUUACUCAGUCAUAUGACUCAAUGGGCAACCGCGAUAGGGCGUUUGGAGAUCGCCAACAAGAAACUGAUUCAAUUGAAGAGCAAGGGUGUUUUUCCAAAUUAUGUUGCUGGUGCUAG